AUGCGUUCACCCGUCGCCAAAUUGCACAGAUCCAAGAAGAGGUCAUUCGGGUCUCGCUCGCGUCGGGCUCAUGAGGAGGACGAGGAAGAGCAGCUUGAGGCUCGCCUCUUCGGUAGCAGAAAACAACAGAGAACUGGAUCGAACUCCCAAGAUGACCAUGAUGGCACCGGUACCGGACUUGGGUGGAUGCAGGACAGCGAACUUUUCACGGUUGACUUGCCCACAGCGACCGACGGCGAUGUCUCGGAAGACGAGUUCGAGAACGAACCCACAGUGGAGUUCAUGGAGGAGAGCACUCGGGCUCUACCAGAACCAAACCAAGAAGACGAGAAGCCGCAGCUCUGGCAUGACCCAGCCGACGAUGCGGUUUCUGUUUCAUUAAAGAGUUCCAAGCGCACGCGGAAGCUCGCUAGGGGAAAGGGAGGGGAGGAUCGCGUGAACGGGGGUGAGCUGUGGUCCAAGUUGCGCGAGCAAUUUGAACGCCUUCAUCCCAAGCCCGAUUGGGCUUCUAGCCGUGCAGACAACAACCUGCCGACAAUGCAGCGCCUGUUGGCUUCUACCGCGUCGUUCAUCAAUACCGGCGCUCUCGACGACAGACGGCCCCCUCUUCCAACCACAACCAUCGAUAUCCAGCGCCUUCGUAAUGCCAAUGCCGGAUCUGUCAGCGAAGAAGGUUCGAGCAGUGGUCUCGCGGGUAUUGUCGACCUGGUUUGGCAUCCGUCGACCAAGAUGCCGGUCCUCGCGACGGCAGGCACUGACCGCCGCGUGCGAUUCUACAAUAUUGACGGCCACACCAACGCGCCUCUCUUGACGCUUCACAUUCCCUCCCUCCCCCUUUCUCGCCUGUCUUUCCAUCCCUCAGGAACCUCACUGCUCAUCACUGGCACACGGCCGUUCUACUACACGUACGACCUUGUCUCUCAAACAAUCACUCGCUCUCCACGAAACCUAUUCGGCUCUGCACCUACCCCAACCAGUCCGCAAUCGUUGGAGCGGACCCGAUUCUCCCCGGACGGAACACUGCUCGCCGUGGCUGGCCGGCGUGGAGCCGUCAGCAUUGUGGAGUGGAGCCACGGUGGCAGCACAGGCGUCGUUGUGGCCGAGUUGAAGAGUGGUCGUGGAGGGACUGUUGCAGACCUGGCUUGGAGUGAGGACAGCUCUGAGCUCAGUGUCCUCGGCGGCCGUGAUGGAGCGGAGGUUGAGGUCUGGGACGUGUCGGAGAAGAAGAUUGUGCGCCGCUGGAAAGAUGACCGCGCGUAUGGCGGGCAGCUUAUUCGCCAGUACCGGUCGCAGUACACCGCUGUUGGAUCGUCGACCGGUAUUGUUAAUAUCUAUCACUCUACCACACUCGCGUCCACCAGAAGCGAUGCGAACAGCGGAGUCGAGCCACUCAAGUCGCUCGAGCACUUGACAACGCCGAUCUCGACAAUGGCGUUCCAUCCUUCGGGAGAACUGUUUGUCUCGGCGUCAUCCGCCAAGCAGAAGCAGCUCAAGCUUUACCACCUUCCGACAGGGACGGCAUUCUCCAACUGGCCAACCAAUGCGACUCCAUUGGGGCGUGUCAACUCCCUUGGGUUCUCCUCGGGAGGCGAGUACAUGGCGGCUGGUAACACAAAAGGUGCCGUUUUGUUGUGGAGUCUCAAACACUUUGCCAACUAG